AUGUCUUCAUGUAAACCUUGCACAACUCCCGUCGACCUCUCGGCCAAACUAAGCAGUACCGACGGUCCCCUGUUUUCGGAUCCUACUUUAUAUAGAAGCCUUGCUAGAGCUUUACAGUACCUCACAUUCACGAGACCUGACAUCUCCUACGCUGCUCAGCAGGUCUGCCUAUUUAUGCAUGAGCCUCGAGAUUCUCACUUUGCUUUCAUGAAAAGAAUCAUCCGGUAUAUUCAAGGAACACUUGAUUAUGGUAUACGUAUCAUUAAAUCAACAUCUCAUUCUUUGGUGGCGUACUCUGAUGCUGACUGGGGUGGUUGCCCAGACUCACGGCGCUCCACAUCAGGUUACUGUGUUUUCCUUGGUCAUAAUCUGAUCUCUUGGUCCUCUAAACGACAACCUACUGUAUCUAGAUCUAGUGCCGAGGCCGAAUACAGGGGUCUUGCUAAUGUCGUAGCUGAAGCCACAUGGAUACGCAAUUUACUGCUUAAGCUACACAUUCCUCUUCAACAUGCAUCAGUCGUAUACUGUGACAACGUCUCAGCUGUGUAUCUUUCCAAUAAUCCAGUGCAGCAUCAGCGAACGAAGCACAUCGAGAUCGACAUACAUUUUGUUCGGGACAAGGUUCGCGUCGGUCACAUUCGGGUGCUUCAUGUACCUUCCUCACUGCAAUAUGCGGAUAUUUUCACCAAGGGGCUUCCACGGCAGCUGUUCCAGUCUUUUCGCUCCAGCUUGAGCGUAUGUCCACCACCCGCUCAAUCUGAGGGGGUGUCUUAG